AUGCUCUUGAAGGCCAUCCUCGCCACAGCUAUUACAGCUACUUCAGCUGUUGCUGCUCCUCUCGAAGCGCGCGACGUAACAACAGUAACAGUAACAGCAACAGAAUGCUCAGGAUCAACAACCACACCAAAACUAUCACCACCAUCAGGAUCAUCUUCCUACUUUUCUCCAUCAGACACCUGGCAGUACUCUGUUCAUAAUGGCGCUAUUGCAGCUGCCCCGAACUUUGUCGAGAUCUACAAGAGCACUGGCAACGGCGGCAAGGAUCAGUCAGCCCUUGUGACUUUCACCUAUCCUGUUGCCGCUAAGGGCAGACAGUGUCAGCUGGAGUUCCACCUCCCUGCUGAAGCGAGUCCUGCCGGAAGCAAGAAGAUCCAAGUGUUCAGCAGUAACAAGCCGGCUCCAGGUCCUACCAGCAGCUGGGCUCCCGGAAAUCAGCGCGGUAACCAUGUCGGAACCCUGUCAGUUGUAGCAGGAGGAGCUGCCACUUGGGAUUCCGCUCAGAAGCCCUCUCUCGCCUUCAAAACACCUUGCAAGGCACCUGGUACUGUGGAAGCAUUUGAGUUUGUAGGACAAUCCUCGUCGCCUACCCCAGACCCUAUCCCAAAUCCACCAAUCCCAGGCGAUGCAGCACCAUCAGCCGAGGUUCUCUUUAACUGGGUGAAUACCUUCGCAAAGGAUCAUGGGUUUGGUAUUGUUCGACGGAAUGCCUACUCAUAUAAAGGCCGGAAGAUCAGAUAUUCAUUCCAAUGCGAUCGAUUCAGAGAACCUAGGCCUGCUGAAGGCGUAGGGAUCCGACAACGUAAAUCCAGGAAGUGUGGUUGUAAGUGGAUGGUCGUUGCAGAGGCGUUAGAGGAGGGUAAGUGGCUUUUACGACAGCACUCAAACCCCGAACACAGCCAGCACAACCACGGGCGCAGCAUCGGAACAUCUGCCCAUCCCUCCCAUAGGAGGCUCACUACGGCUAUUAGGGCUACAAUUGAAUCAACAAGCCGUAGGGUUGGAAUCCUGGCUCGCGAUGUACGGGCUGUCGUCCGGGAGCAACAUCCCGAGUCUGUCUUUACACAGAGGGACAUCUAUAACGCUAGGUCUCUUAUUAACUACGAUAAGUUCGAUAAAUAUACAUCUACAGCAGCACUUAUUAAGCUCUUUGACGAGAGGGAGAUUCCCUAUCUCGUUAAGUGGGUGGACGACAACCCGGAACGUCUUCUUGGCCUCGUCUAG